AGUCCUCUGUCAUUCUUUGUUCCUCGGCUCUGCGAUUUGACCUUUUUCUACUUUUCUAUUUUAUUAUACUUCCUAUUCCUUACUUCCCAUAUGACUCCGCCGCCAGCUUCUCCUUCGAAAAAAGCUAAAAGCUCAUGGCUUCUCAUCGCCCUGAUUGCUGUCAUAAUUGGAAUUAUCUUAUGCGCUGGAGUCAUCACAUUCCUGACGCUUUUCAAUAAAAAUGGAGAUGGACCUGAUAUGGAUUGGCAGAAUGCGACAGAAGUUCCAUUGACAACCACAUCAAAAGCUACAGUAUCCACGACAACUACCCAAUCGGCCACAACUCCUUCCACCACGACUACUCGGAUAGAGGAAACAACUACAACUACUUCUGGGGCUUUUGAUGAAUCCGUAAAAAAUUCGGAAGCUUCCACCUCAACCAUCCCAACCACUGAAGCAGUCCCAACAACUACAGCUACAGAUGCACCGGAAAUUGUGAUGCCAGUCGAUGUCGCCUCGAUUUUGAAGGACAAGACUAAGGACUUUGAGAUCGUUGAAAAAUGUGCUGAAAUCCAAGCUCUCCCAGUCUCCUGUACUCCAAGCCAAUCACCACUGACCUCCGAUCCAUCCAAGUUCCAACCAAUCCAUUAUGUACUCAAUAUCACCAUUCGUGAUGUAAGGAAACCAGUUCUCGAAGGUCAUAUGCAACUUUUCGCGUCAACCAAGGAUCAAGUUCAAGCGAUUUCUCUUCACUCCGUUAAGAUUCAUAACCUAGAAAACCGUGAUCGUAUCCAUGUGGUCAACUGUAAUACAGGCGAAACCAUCUGCGUGUCCCGAGUCCAUCAAAUCGACGAUCUGAUUCAUUUGGAGCUUGCCCAGAGCAUUUCAUCGGGAGUCAACCUCCGUGUGGACAUUGACGGCUUCAUCUCUGCUGAUUCAGGACCACACGUUUUCAAACAAAUUCCAACAGCAAAAUGGAGAGUCCCUCAAAUGAUUGGAUCAGUUUUUGAGCCAACAUCUGCUCGACACGUUUUUCCAUCUUUUGAUCUUCAUAAUCAGAAAUCUACAUUCAAUUUAUGCUUAAAUCAUGGACCAUCAAUGUCUGCAAUUGCAAAUUCACUUAUCAAUCCAAAUGUCUCAACUUCUGGAAUUUCUUGUUUUGAGAAAACAGUUCCAUUGAUUGCUCAACAAUUAUCAUUCGUGGCUUUUGAGAAAACAAAUCCCUUAUUCUACAAUACAACUACUAUGGAUGGAGCAUAUCUUCCAGAAAUCGAUAUGAUUUUUAAUUUGAAUGCUAAAAACUUCAAACAAUAUGAAUGGAUUCAUUCUGAAGUCUCAAAAGUUAUGGCUUUAAUGUCUAAAUGGUCUGGAUUCUCUUAUCCAUUGACAAGAUUGGAAAUCGUUGUUGCUCCCGUUCAAGCUGGACAUUCUGCUCUCGGAGUUAUUACUUUGCCGGCCCAAGCCAUCGCAUAUCAAAAGCAUACAUCAACCCACGAGACCCUAAUCAAAGAAGUUAUUGGCCAAUGGAUGGAAGGAGUAGUGACCACGGAGCACACAUGUUUUGAGAAAGCCCUGAUCGCCUACGUCGAAUGGAAAAUCAACGAAGAGCUCCAAAUUGUGAAGAAAACACGUAAGAUGGAAGUUUCCAAAAUCCGCCCACGCAAUUUGAAUGAAACCGCCGAUUCCGUGAGAGUUCUUCGGCAGAUUAAGAGCCAAAGUUCCAAUUUGUGCUCACCAAGAUUCGUGGAAGUAUUCUAUACGCUUGAUGAGACUUAUGGACAGGAAACUGUGAUCGGAAUGAUUCGAGUUAUCUUUGACAAAUUCGCUUUCUCCACAGCCACCAUCUCUGAUUGGGCAUCAGCAGCCGAAACAGCAACCGGGGGACGCCCAGAAGCCGGAGCUCUCAUUCAUCAAUGGUACCGCCCGUCUUCCACAAUUUCUCGCCCAGUCCUUCGUGCAGUCGUCUCAUCGAAUAGUGUUGAAUUCAAUCAAUUGACAGAGGAAACGUGGACGGUCCCGCUGGAAAUUUCUGGAUCUGCUGGAACUCAGUUGGCUGUAAUUUCAGAGAAGAAACAAGCCAUUCCAUUUGUAUCCAGUGAUUAUGUUGUUGUGGAUGCUGGUAGGAAAUCACACGCUUUUGUUGUAUACGAUGCAGAUACAUACCUUCGAUUAAUAAGAUGCUUUGGAGACUCUAGAUGUCCAUCAAAAGAAAUUGGAGGAAUUUUCUCCGAUCUGGGAGCCGCUCUUCUUGCAAAUAUAUUACCGAAACCAGAAAAUCAAGAUGUUGCAAAAUGGAAAUCUGUGUUUAAGUUCAUGGCUCAACAAAAUAUCGUGGAAGGAACUGCGGCUUGUUGUGUGGAGCACGCAAUCCGAGAAAUGCGAAAAUGCUCAUAUUGGGAUAUUCAAGAUGUGUGCACAAAAAUUGACUUCAAUAUUGUUUUAGCAGCUGUUGCGUAAACAUUUUCAAGUUGAAUUUGUUUGAGCCCGGGUAAUGCUUUGAAGCCGAAAUUUGAACCCACCUAAUAUUUCAUUUUUUUCCCUUUGAUUGUGAUCAAUGUAUUUUCUUGGCUCAUUUUGCAGCCGACAAAUUGCGUCCGCCGCUCAGUUCAGUUAUUUCUUUUUCUCCCAUCCCAUCACUUUUGAUACUCAUGUUCCAUUUUUGCCUGAAUCUUGUUUGCUCAACAUUUCCAAAAUUGUUCAAAAUCUCAUUUGAGAGCUUCUGUCUGUCAUUUUCUUGACUUUUUGAAUUGUAAUUUUUAUUUUCUAAUUCUUUUCAUUUUAAUAGAAAUCAGCUUUGUCUGCUGAAAAUAAAAACUAAAAUAAAUCCCUGAAAUUCAAGAUUA